AUGGCGGAUACACACGGCUCCUGCGACCCUGCCUUUAACCGAAUCCGCGAUCUUCUCCAAGAGAGACUAACCUCAGGCGACGAACUCGGCGCAUCCCUCUGCGUAAAUAUCGACGGAAAGAACGUCCUCGACAUCUGGGGCGGAUAUGCAGAUGCCGCCAAGACACGCCCCUGGGAGGAGGACACCCUGACAGUAGUCUGGUCAUGCAGCAAGAUAGUCUCGGCCCUGGCGGCCCUCACACUGGUCGACCGCGGCCAGCUAGACGUGGAAGAGCGCGUCUCAACAUACUGGCCCGAGUUCGCCGUCAAUGGCAAGGAAGAAGUAAAAGUCUGGCAAAUCCUUAGCCACUCCUCCGGCCUGCCCUCAUGGGAGGACCCGGUUACAAUGGAAUUCGUCUACGAUACCAAGGCUUCGACUGAGAAGCUCGCACAGGAGGCGCCUUGGUGGACGCCUGGUGAGAGCCAUGGGUACCAUAUGAUGACGCAUGGGCACCUGAUCGGCGAGCUGGUACGACGUAUCAGCGGCAAGGGACUGAAGCAGUUUAUCGACGAGGAGAUUGCAGGACCGCUAGGCGCGGAUUUCAGACUCGGUGUUCCUGAAGAAGAUUGGGCGAGGACUGCUGAUAUCACACCUCCCCCGCCCCCGCCUGGUUUGGACCUGUUGGACCGAGAAAGCAUCGCUUUCAAGGCUAUGACCCAUGUUCCCCCUGUUGCAGAGACGUCGAUGACUCCUGGGUUCAGGAAGGCUGAGCUUGGCGCAACGAAUGGGUUUGGUAACGCGCGUGCUCUAGCGCGGAUUGGAUCCAUGGUCUCUUUGAAGGGGACUGUUGAUGGGAAACAGUAUCUUUCGCCUAAGACUGUUGACCAGAUGAUCCAAGAACGUGUGCGUGGCCCGGACCUUGUAAUCGGUUUGAAUCUUCGGUUUGCUCUCGGUGUUGCUUUGACACCCGCGGAGCCGCUUCCUUUUGUUCCCGAGAGUACUGUCUGCUUCUGGAGUGGUUGGGGUGGUUCUAUGAUUGUUAUGGACUUGGGUCGCCGGAUGACCCUUGCUUAUGCCAUGAACAAGAUGUCAUCGGGUACCCUCGGCAAUGAUAAUACCAAGGCUUAUUUCAAAGCGGUUUAUGAGAUCGUGAAUUCUCAGUCUUCUUCAUGA